AAAGACGGAAGUGGAUGCGAUUGUUUCGGGGUGCUUCAGCUGACGUCCUCUCAAACAAACGCGCUUAACUUUUCGGUCAAAUGCACUUUUAGGAAACACAAAAUAAAAUAUAUAUAUAUAUCUGAACAAUGUCGACGGCAAUGAAUUUCGGCACCAAAUCAUUUAAACCACGACCUCCUGACAAAGGAUCAUUCCCUUUAGACCAUUUCGGUGAAUGUAAAGAGUUCAAAGAGAAAUUCAUGCGCUGUCUCAGGGACAACAACUUUGACAGCACUCUGUGUCGACUACAGUCCAAAGAGUACCUGGAAUGUAGAAUGGACAAACAGUUGAUGACGAAGGAGCCUCUUGAGAAGCUCGGGUUCAAGGACCUGAUGGACCAAGUCAAAGAAGAGAGCCAAGAGAAACCUUAACGAAAUCAAACGAUGAAAUGUAUUGUUAUUUAAACUGUCUUUUAAUUGUAUGUUGUCAAUACUGUGUAAAUUAGCUUCAUGUAUAUAAGCUUAUACAAUGCAUAAAGGUUUUUCAUACGUCUUAUACUUGGUCAUGUCAUUGGU